AUGGCUUCUAUCCAUGUCCUUGGUUUGGUUUGCUUUUCUCUCUUUUUAUCAACUCAUUCAGUGCUUGCGGCGAUAGAUUAUGGACAAGCUCUUACAAAGUCUUUGUUGUAUUAUGAGGCUCAACGAUCUGGUAAGUUGCCUCCUGAACAGAGAGUGCAAUGGCGUGGCGAUUCAGCGCUUAAAGAUGGAAAUGAUACUGGUGUUAAUCUUGAUGGAGGGUAUUAUGAUUCUGGGGACAAUGUCAAGUUUGGAUUCCCCAUGGCAUUCACAAUAACAAUGCUUUCAUGGAGCACAAUAGAGUUCGCAAGCAAACUUGAAACCAAGAAUGAGCUCUCAAACGCAUUGGACGCCAUUAAAUGGGGCACAGACUAUUUGAUCAAAGCACACGCUCAGCCAAAUGUUCUCUAUGGUGAAGUUGGCGAUGGCGGUUCUGAUCAUGCUUGUUGGCAGAGACCGGAAGACAUGACUACCCCACGGACAUCCUUCAAGAUCGAUGAGCAGCAUCCAGGUUCUGAUCUUGCUGGUGAAACCGCAGCUGCUUUUGCCGCAGCUUCCAUUGCUUUCAAGGAUAAAGACCCUACAUAUUCUGGCCAGCUCUUGACGCAUGCGAAACAGCUGUUUGAAUUUGCCUGCAGUCAUGCUGGUGUUUAUCAGAAUAGUAUUAAUCUAGCAGGCCAGUUCUACUCCAGCAGCGGAUAUGAGGAUGAAUUAUUGUGGGCUGCAGCAUGGCUUCAUCGUGCUACUGAUGAUAAAUCGUACCUAGAUUACCUUGGUCAAGCAGGCAAUACUGGUGGUGCAAGAACCGAGUUCUCUUGGGAUGACAAGUUUGUUGGCGCCCAGGUCUUGGUUGCAAAGCUUGUCUUGGAGGGCAAGGUACCGGCUGAUUCAGGACCGUGGUCACAAUACAAAAACCAGGCAGAGCAGUUCAUUUGCUCUUGCAUUCAGAAGGGUAACAGCAACGUGAAGAAGACGCCCGGUGGGUUGUUAUGGUUUUUGCCAUUUAACAAUCUUCAGUAUACUACAACUGCUACACUCAUUGCAACUGUUUACUCUGAAUACCUAUCCCCAAAACGUGCCUCCAUUCAAUGUAGUGGUGGCAUUGUUCAGUCUUCUGCUCUACUUGACUUGGCCCGAUCACAGGUGGACUAUAUCCUGGGUUCAAAUCCUAAUGGUAUGAGCUACAUGGUUGGAUUUGGGUCAAAGUAUCCAACUCAAGUUCAUCAUAGAGGAGCAUCCAUUGUUUCAAUCAAGAAAGAUCCAUCUCCAGUUGCAUGCCAAGCUGGCUUCGACGCUUGGUUUAACAUGAACGCCCCUAAUCCGAAUGUAUUGGAUGGAGCAAUAGUUGGAGGACCCAAUGAUAGUGAUGGUUAUACGGAUUCAAGAUCCAACUUCCAAAUGGCUGAAGCAGCAACUGUUAAUACUGCACCACUAGUUGGUGUCCUAGCCAAGCUUGCCUGA